CUUCAUCAAAUCAAGACUUUUCAUAAAUUUAGUCCCAAUCUCUUCCCAACCCACCUAACUCUCCCAGUUAAUUGCUAUAUAAACUAAGGUCAUACGUACGUUGUAAGAUUAAGAGGCUAAGUGUUAAUUAAACCCAACAAUGGAUCAAUACAAAGGUUCAGAUGUAGACAAGUACAGAUCUUUCAUGAGUGGAGAAGGUGAGAAGAACACCAAAUGGAAGUUGGGUGUACCCCCUAACUAUGAUGCAAUCAACGAACUCUUUGAAGAAGGCAGAACCAAGAUAUGGGCGGCAGGUUCGCUGGGAGAGCAAGUUCAGAAUCUUGUGAAAACAUGGGAAAUGGAGUUGGUCCACAAACCGAAUUCCCAAGAUCAUAAGUCUGUUGAUGUCACAAAGCUAACAAUUUCUGUUAAUGGUAGGAAGCCCUUGAAAAUGGAAGAUGUAGGUAAGAUAGGUGGGGGGUACAAUAUGUUUCUUCAAACUUCGUUGCCAGAAGAUCUACGACUGUAUAAUCCCUCUGAUGAAACUGGGGAUACGUCUCAUGAUAUCUUCACAACCACAUUUACUCGUGGUUUUGCGUUGGAGGUUCUUGAGGUUUACUCAGGUCCUCCGGUGAUUGCAUAUAAGUUCAGGCAUUGGGGUUACAUGGAAGGUCCAUUCAAAGGUCAACCGCCUACGGGGGAAAUUGUUGAAAUGAUUGGUGUCUCUACAUUCGAGUUGGAUGAACAAUUCAAGAUCGUGAAGAUCCAGUUUUUCUACGAUAGAGGAGAGUUUCUUGCGGGUUUUAUCAAGGGUGGGAGUACUGUGACCACCACCCAAGACUCUUCAAGAUGCCCUUUUUCUUAAUAAAUGCAUCAUCAUGCAUGGUUUCAUCUGCUACCACCAUUAAUGAAUAUGAUUUUAUAACAGUUAGGGUUGCAACUUGGAAUAAAAAAAAUUGUGUUUUCUAGUUUUCGGUUAAUUAUCUUUUAUUUUCAGUAUGUUGGGAACCUUCAAAUGUUCGUGGUUGUAAACGAUAAUAAAAUUUCCCUCUUCAAGUAAUUAGUACUUAU